UUAAUAAACUAUAUAAUAAUUUUAACAGAUAGAAAGAAAAAAAAAUUGGAUAAAUUUUCCCUUAAAUCUAUAUGCAUAUCAAAAUUAUUAAAGAAUAAAAAUUGAGCAGAAAUCUGAAGAUCAAAAUUUAAAGCACUAACAAAUUAUAUUCUAUAACCUACAGUUUCAUAAAAACCACGAACUUAUAUAUACUUCUUGUAUUGAAAAUAAAAAAAAAAAAUUUCAUUAUAUGGAGUUCGAUAGAAAACACAAGGAGAUUUGAAUAACUUUUAAUUAAUUCUUAUUUAUUUUAAAUUUUUAUUUUAAAUUUUCAUUUUUAUUUAAUUUUAUUUUUCAAAAUUCAUUUUGCGUAUAUUUUUGUAUAAUUUUGGAGGGUUCAAACAUUAGGAGAUUGUAUUUAGAAAAUAGAAACCUAAAAUUGCACCUUCAAGCCUAUAUUGGAUUUAAAAAAAAAAAACAAAAAAAAAUUGUAAAGAAAGCUUUGAAUAAUUAUUAAAACCUAAGAGUUAAAAAUAACCAAAACCAAAAAAAAAAAAAAUACAAAAAAAAAAAUACCAAACAAGAAAAAAUUACAGUUUUAUAAAAGAAUUUUUAGAUUAGAAAUUGUCAAUAAAAAAAAAAUCGAAAAUCAAAUUCGAAAGCACAAUGGGAACACAUUGUAGAUUAUUAGUUAUAAAAAAUUUUACAAGCAUGACAACAUUAAUUUUGCUAACAUGUUUAUUACACAUCUUAUUACCAUCAAAUUUAUAUUUAAUACAACCAACAUUUGCAAAUGCUAUAACAAAUAAUAACACAGUCCCUAUCGCUUCACCAAAUUCACCAAAUGAAUUAAAUAGUGAAUUAUCAAAUGAACAUAAUGAUGAUCCACCAUCAUCACCAAUUGAUGAUUCAUCAAGUAGUAGUCGUCCUGCUAAAAGUCGUCAUGAUAAAGAAGCAAAAUGUGAACCGGGUCUAUUAUUACAAGUAUGGAUGCCACAAGAGAAUUUAACUGUUGGCGAUCGUGUAUCAAGGGGUCUUGUUUAUUUUUUUGCAAUGAUAUAUUUGUUUAUAGGUGUUUCAAUUGUAUCCGAUCGCUUUAUGGCCGCGAUUGAAGUGAUCACGUCAAAAGAAAAAGAAGUUGUUAUUAAAAAAGCAAAUGGUGAAACACAAAUUGUUGUUGUACGUGUAUGGAAUGAAACUGUGGCAAAUUUAACAUUAAUGGCACUUGGAUCUAGUGCACCUGAAAUUUUAUUAUCAGUUAUUGAAAUGUUUGCAAAAAAUUUUAAAGCUGGUGAUUUAGGACCUGGUACAAUUGUUGGAUCAGCUGCAUAUAAUUUAUUUGUUAUAAUAGCUAUUUGCAUUGUUGUCAUACCAAAUGGUGAAGUACGUAAAAUAAAACAUUUACGUGUAUUUUUUGUAACAGCAACAUGGUCUGUGUUUGCGUAUAUUUGGUUGUAUUUAAUUUUAUCACAAAUUUCACCAGGACGUGUUGAAGUAUGGGAAGGAAUGUUAACAUUUAUGUUUUUUCCAGCAACAGUAUUAACAGCAUAUAUUGCUGAUAGACGUUUAUUAAUUUAUAAAUAUUUAGAUAAAAAUUAUCGAAUGAAUAAACGUGGUGUUAUUGUUAGUGCUGAAGGUGCUGAUAUUGGUGUAUUAGAACUAAAUAAUCGUGAUGAUGGAUUAAAGGCACUUGAAGAAAAUGGUGGAAUACCAAGUGAAGAAGUCAAAGAUUUUGAAGAAGCUCGACGUGAAUACAUUUCAACGUUAAAAGAUUUAAGAAAAAAGUAUCCACAAAGUGAUUUGGAGCAAUUGGAAAUGAUGGCGCAUGAACAAUUAAUCAAUAAAGGCCCUAAAUCUCGUGCUUUCUAUCGAAUUCAAGCUACACGUCGUAUGAUGGGUAGUGGUAAUAUAAUGAAAAAAAUUCAAGAACGUGCUCAAAGUGAUUUAAGUGAAGUAAAAGCUGAAUUACAAAAACGUGAAGAUGUUCAUGCUGAUGAAGAUGAUACAAUUUGUAAAGUAUUUUUUGAACCAGGUCAUUAUACUGUAAUGGAAAGUUGUGGUGAAUUUGAAGUAAGAGUCGUUAGACGUGGUGAUAUAUCACAAUUUAUAACUGUUGAUUUUGAAACUGAAGAUGGUUCUGCUGAAGCUGGCUCAGAUUAUAUUGGUAAAAAGGGUACAUUAAAUUUUCCACCUGGUGUGGAUGAACAACGUUUUAAAAUUGAAGUUAUUGAUGAUGAAGUGUUUGAACAAGAUGAACAUUUUUAUGUUAGAUUAAGUAAUGUUUUGGAACCGGCUAUAUUAGCUACCCCGAAAGUUGCAACCGUCAUGAUAUUAGAUGAUGAUCAUGGUGGUAUAUUUGCUUUUGCAGCAAAAGAUCAUGAACUAGUCGAAUCGGUUGGUACUUAUGAAUUAAAAGUGCAACGUUAUAGCGGUGCCAGAGGCAAAGUAAUAAUACCAUUUUGGACUGAAGAUGGUACUGCAAAAGCUGGAAAGGAUUACGAGGCACAACAAGGAGAAUUAGUUUUUGAAAAUAACGAAAGCGAGUAAGUUUUAUAUUAUGAACUUUAAAGAAUUUUAUUUUGUGAGUAAUUAAAAUAUAUAAUAUUGUUAUAAGAGAAAAUACAUUUGUUUUUAAUGAUUUAAAUCGAAAAUUUUAAGAUUCUUUAAAAAUUUAAUGAUUUUUCAA